UGACACUAUUAUGACAGGACAGACGAAAAUCAAUAUGAUGUGAGAUUUAGCGUGAGAAAAAAUGUCUUUAUAAUCCUCAAAAUAGAAUGAAAGUGUCUAAAAUGGAGGCAAAAAUGACCUUCACCAAACCAACGCGUAAACAGUUAGCAACCACUGCGACAGCAUGUGUCGUAUUUGCAUAUGGUGUGAAGAAACUUUGGCCCCAGUUGUGGAGGAUUUUAAGGAAAAGAAAAACACGAAAGCUAGAGACUGUGUUAAAUAACCUAGAGAAAAAUGCUUCUACAGAAAAGAAAUCAGGUGCCUCUCACAACGUUGAUCGCAUAUUUUACCAGCAACUACGGUAUUUACUGAAAAUAAUUAUACCAUCAGUAUGGUCGAGAGAAUUCGGGAUUUUAGUGCUUCACACUGGAACAUUGUUUGCCAGAACUUUCUUAUCAAUAUAUGUGGCAACACUGGAUGGUCGUAUAGUACAGACAAUCGUAAAACGGGAUUUGCGAAGUUUUCUUAUGAGGUUAACACAAUGGCUCCUAAUUGCCAUACCUGCCACGUUUAUUAAUAGUCUUAUCCGAUUCCUUGAAAGCAAACUUGGUUUGAUGCUGAGAACUCGUCUAGUCAAUCAUGCCUACAAGCAGUACUUCUCUAAUCAGACUUACUACCGUGUCAGCAAUCUGGACAGCAGAUUAGCCAAUGCUGACCAGUGCCUGACAGAUGAUAUCAGUAUGUUUACCCAGUCUUUGGCCCACCUGUAUUCACACCUAACGAAACCCAUGCUGGAUGUAGCCUUGAUAUCUUUUACGCUGUAUUCCUUUGCCAGUAGUAGAGGUGCUAGUUCAAAAUGGCCCACUAUCAUUGCCACCGUAGUAACAAUUAUCACUGCACAAAUUUUGAAGGCUGUCUCUCCAAAGUUUGGAAAGCUUGUAGCUGAGGAGGCAGACAGGAAAGGAUAUUUGAGAUAUAUACACUCAAGAAUCAUCGCAAAUGCAGAAGAAAUUGCUUUUUAUGGAGGACAUAAGGUUGAACAAAGCUUACUGGAAAAAGCAUACAGAGCUCUUGCCAGGCAAACAAACUUGAUUUACAUGAAGAGGCUAUGGUACAUCAUGUUAGAGCAGUUUUUAAUGAAGUAUGGCUGGAGUGCUAGUGGUCUCAUCAUGGUGGCUAUCCCAAUCAUGUCUGCUAGAGGUGGUGGGAUCAGAGCUGAUGGAACUUCUGUGGAUGACGACCCAGACGGAGGAGUGAGUGAGAGAACUAAGGUCUUCACCACCGCCAGAAACUUGCUGAUUAACUCAGCUGAUGCCAUAGAAAGAAUGAUGUCUUCUUACAAAGAAAUCACUGAGCUGGCAGGCUACACAGCCAGGGUCACAGAAAUGUUUGAGGUGUUUGAAGAUGUUAACAAAGGAAAGUAUGAAAGAAGCAUGGUAACUAAGGCAGUUCCUGGAAAGGCAAAACAUGCAAAGAUAACAGGGCCGAUGGAAAUCAUGGGAAAUGUAAUGGACACUGAUGCAACAAUAGACAUUGAGGAUCUACCCAUAAUCACACCCAAUGGAGAUGUCAUAGUGUCCAGUCUAACACUAAAGAUUGAGCCAGGCAUGCAUUUGCUGAUUACGGGACCCAAUGGCUGUGGAAAAUCCUCUUUGUUUCGGAUUCUCAGUGGACUGUGGCCAGCGUACAAGGGAAAGCUGUACAAACCUCCCCCAAGUAAAAUGUUCUACAUCCCUCAGAGACCAUACAUGUCGCUGGGAACGUUCCGAGACCAGGUUAUCUACCCUGACACACACGAGGAUAUGAGGGAGAAGGGUUACACAGACAGAGACUUAGAGGAGAUCCUUAAGGUGGUCAAUCUACAGCAGAUUGUAGAGAGGGAAGGAGGCUGGGACUCCAAGAGUGACUGGAAGGAUGUCCUAUCGGGGGGCGAGAAACAACGAAUGGGGAUGGCCCGCAUUUUCUAUCACAAGCCCCAGUUUGCCUUGUUGGAUGAGUGCACCAGUGCUGUGUCAAUUGAUGUUGAAAGCAAGAUUUAUCAGGCAGUGAAGGAUCAUGGGAUAUGUCUCUUGACCAUCACACAUCGUCCAUCUCUGUGGAAGUUUCACACCCACUUGCUGCAGUUUGAUGGGGAGGGGGGCUGGAGAAUGGAGGCCCUGGACACGAACACGCGUCUGUCUCUGAACGAGGAGAAACAGAGAUUGGAGACCCAGCUGGCAGGAAUGCCCACCAUGAAGAACCGACUAAAGGAGCUGUGUUCUAUCCUCGGGGACGACUCCGUACUGCUCUCUAAAACAGACAGUGUGGCAGACUUCCAGACUACAGAGAAUGAGGACUCUUGAUUAAAAUUUAUGAUAGUCUAUUUAACUUAUGAAAUCAAACAAAAAGGUUGCACACACACUCAGUAGUAUUACAGGUAGUUAGGAACUAAAAUUUUCCAAUGUUGUUGCUUACCCUUGUUUAAAAUGCUAGUUACUUACUAUUCACUAUUUCCUUUUAAGAUUUUAUCUUUAUCCAGAAAACUCCUUGAACAAUUUAUCUAUGGUAUACAAUUACUGUAAAUUUCUAUUUCAUUCAAUAAUUGACAUAUCACAAGCCUACAAAGUACAAAUUUUGCACUGGCAUAUCUUACAUCCAAGUUAUUAAAGUUAGUUACCUGAAACAUACUAGGAUGAAACAAUUUACUAUCUGCAAAUAAAGUUUCCCUUGCCAUUUAAAGAACUGAAGAUAUAGAACCCUAUUGCAUUCCAGUUUUCAUUUGUUUACAGUGCUUUUUAAGUUGAGUUAACUUCAUGUGAAUGAUGUUAAUUACCAGAUUCUGAUUUUUACUUCUUAUGUGAUAUACUCUUUUAUGCUAAAUAAAUAAGAUUAAACAAAUUUUAAAAUUUCAUCUUUUAUAAAAAUGUUUUAAUAGAGAAUUUAGCCAUGGACCACACCAUUAUACAAGUAUUAAUUUGUUUUUUGUGAUACAAAGUACCUUUAUAAUAAAACAUGGCCAGCUACUAUCAGACUUUGUCCAUCAUUUGAAAUUGAACAAUUAUUAUCUUAGGGGUACAGUUGUCUCAUGUUUUGUAACACUUCUUUGAAUGUACAAGAAGACUUUGUGAUAUGAAAUAAAAGAGAAGUUCAAUGCUA